AGUACUUAAAGAAACAAUAGUUGAGUGUUUGGGCGUUGUAUUCAUUUAGCAAUCACUGAAACAUUGAUAUUAAAACUGGAAGCAAUUACAUCCCAUCUAUUGAGAAGCCAUUGCCGGGAUGUGAGCGAAAGAAUCUGACAUUUUGUUUGACGUCAUCUAAAGAGUUGGCCAAAUGUCUAGACCUUCAAAAAGCAGCGUUUGCUCGAAGAAUAAGACCACAAAUUAGAUGCCAUUCCGCCGAUUCAUACAAAGCUUGUGUCGAAGCCGUCAAUAACCGAAAGGCAGACCUAAUAACUCUGGAUUCGCAACACUUUUAUCGCGCCUCAAGAUAUGAUUUUCUAUUACCGAUCGCAACGGAAGUGACGGAAACACCGAACUAUUCAGUAGCUGUGGUUCGCGCAGAUUCACAGAUCUCUUCGCUCGCAGAUCUGAAAGGGAAGCGAUCGUGUCAUACGGGCUUUGGACACAUGACCGGUUGGGUUGUGCCCGUCGGCGCUCUCAUUCAAGAUUCAGUCAUUUCAACGCAAAAUUGCAACAGAGCUGAAGAGAUGUCCCAAUUUUUCAUGGGUUCGUGUGUUCCCGGAGCCGCCGACGCAAGAAUCAAUUCUAAUGGCAGUGGAGUCGACAGCCUAUGUUCACAAUGUAUUGGCGAUCAGAACGGCAGUCAUAUCUGCGAGAUAUCGGGUGCCGAGCGAUACAGUGGAGAAGAGGGAGCCUUCAGAUGUUUAGUGGAAGGGAGAGGAGACGUGGCGUUUGUCAGCUAUAAAACAGCCCUUCAAUUGACUGAUGGAAAAAGUAGUGAAAAGUGGGCCAAAGACUUGCGUUCAGUAGAUUUUAGACUCUUGUGUCGAAACCAAAAUAAAAGUAAUGGAAACAGUGUUUCAAUGACCAAUGAUUUCGACACAAUUCCCAAUCCAAACAGCGUUCACAACAAUCAACGCUUC